GAAAGUCUUGAGUCUCACUUCAGUCCCAGAGAGACCAUGUCCGUCGUCAUAGGGAAGCUGUACUCACCUCUGCUCUCAUUUAACACUAAUUCUCCAUGAAAUAACAGUAACGCGGGGCCUCAAGGAUGGCCAACUCGGGUGCUGUUCAGGUGAAACUAGAACUUGGUCACCGUGCUCAAGUCAGAAAGAAACCCACCGUGGAAGGCUUUACCCACGACUGGAUGGUGUUUGUCCGAGGACCAGAGCACAGCAACAUUCAGCACUUUGUGGAGAAAGUAGUUUUUCACCUGCACGAAAGCUUCCCUAAACCAAAAAGAGUGUGCAAGGACCCACCGUACAAAGUGGAGGAGUCUGGAUACGCUGGCUUCAUCUUGCCCAUUGAAGUUUACUUCAAAAACAAGGAAGAACCGAAGAAAGUUCGCUUUGACUACGACCUGUUCCUCCACCUGGAGGGCCACCCACCUGUCAAUCAUCUCCGCUGUGAGAAACUCACCUUCAACAACCCAACGGAGGAGUUUCGUAGAAAGCUACUGAAAGCCGGAGGGCAACGGGAUCCUCAUAAACGAAGUUCAGAAGACUCAAAAGUGAUGGUAAUGCAGGAGGGCUCAACAUCCCUGUUCGGCCAGCACCUGAAGCUGCCUACACUUCCCAACAGCUCGCUGACAUCCACCUUCUCCGACCCAAAGAAGAGCAAAAGCUUCCUUGGGUCAAAGGAUGGCUCCAAAGGAAGUGGAACUACCCUUCUCACCACUGCCACAACCACCAGCACCAACAGCAGCAGCUUCUCCAAACUCCAUAAACCCUCCAAGGACCACAAAGACAAGCCUCCAAAAGACUUAAAAGAGCCCAAAAGUGCCUUCAGAGACUCUGGCUGGGAACCCACCAAAGCCCCCAAAGAACCUUCAAGGAAACCCAAAGAGAACCAGCCACUUAGAGAUAUCAAUCCUAAAAUGGGCUUCAAGGAACCCAAGUCUUUGUCCAAGGAGCAUCGGACUGAGGGGAUCACCCACGGGUCAGGGCUAAACAAGCGUCUGUCCACCCCUGAUGGUGACGAUCAUGUUGCCAAAAAGCGUAAAAAGGGAUUUGUGGAUUCAUCUGGGAAGCAGAUGUCAGGUUCAGACGCUAAACAUUCAGAUAAGAAACUAUUGAAGGAUAGAUCGCAAAUGCGAACAAGUAAAUUACGACCAGAAGGUGACGAGGCUGAGCGCAGGAAGGUGUCAAUGCUUCCUCCAUUCCAAGAACUGGUGGAUCCCAAUGACUCUGAUAUGGAGGAUCAGUCCAUCAAAUCAGAUUCCGAACAGCCCAGUCCAGCCAGUUCCAGUUCCAGUUCAGGCUUUGCACCCACACACCACAAACGACAAGUGGUGGACUUCAUCAUCAGGAAAAGGGUGGCAAUUCCUGCCACCACCCACACAGUGCUGGGCCCGCUACAGUCAGUGAUGCAGGAUCUGCACUCAGAUGACAACGAUGAAGAUUCAGAAGAGGACGAUGACAAUGACAUCGACUCUGACAUGGAGCGACUGGCACACACACAUCUCACACACCACCAACGCAGGGUGAGUUUAAGUGAUGGCAGUGAGAGUGACAGUUCCUCGCAAUCACCCCCCUCCCGCAACGAGGCCCCACCCUUAUUAAAGACUACUAAUAACCAGAUACUGGAAGUGAAAAGUCCCACCAAGCAGAGCAAACAGGACAAGAACAAGAACAUAGAUUGUGACAAGGCUUACCUGGAUGAGCUGGUAGAGCUGCACAAAAGACUGAUGACACUAAGAGAAGGCCAUAUACUGCAACAGAUUGUGAACCUGAUUGAAGAGACUGGACACUUCCACAUCACAAACACUACUUUUGACUUCGACCUUUGCUCCUUGGAUAGAAGUACAGUAAGGAAACUCCAGAGUUACCUGGAAACCUCCGGACUGUCCUGAGGCUCUGAGCAGCUGGCUGCUGGAUCUCUGUCUCCACAUAGACUUUUGAUUUUUCUUGAAUAAACUUUGAUUGCAAUGCAAAAGCCCCACUGUGGCUGGGUCCAGUUGUGUGUCCAGCCUGCUGGUUGGACUGGGCUUUCUGAAUGAAGAGGUCGUCCCACUGCAGAAACCAGAGCCAGGGGUCGUGGGUAUGAGCCCUGUCGAUCAGGAGAUCACCCGGAAAGCCUUGAAAACUUCGCUUGAUUAAAGAAAUAGUGGGGAGUGGCUACCGUGUUGCUCUUAAUGAAUGUGCAUAUUGUUACCAUGUAUGUUUCUUGAUCUGUUGUUCAUUGUGACAAAUGCAUGGUCAACAUUGCCUUACAACAU